GCGCAGAUGACGUCGCGGGGCGCGGGUGGAUGGCGUCACCGCCAUGGCGCUGCUCGGCCGCCUGGGCGCCCUCCUGCAGCGGGCCGUGGACACGGAGGAGCCGCGCCUCGACCUGCCGGCCGCCUUCACGGAGCACUGGAAGGGCGUCACCCACUAUUACCUGGAGGCCUCAGAUGAAAACAAGCCAGCAAAGCAGACGGAUAUUCCUUGGCACUUAAAACAGAUGCUGGACAUUCUAGUCUACGAGGAGAAGCAGCAGCCGGAAGGAGAGACAGGACCCUGCCUGGAAUACUUGCUGCAGCACAAAAUCCUGGAGACGCUCAGCACUCUGGGGAAGGCGGAGUAUCCUCCAGGGAUGAGGUCACAGGUGCUUCUCUUUUUCAGUCGCCUGCUGGGGAAGAUGCAGAGCCCUCUCUUGCAUUACUUCAAUGUUUACCGGCCUGUUCAGAAACUUCUUCAGCUUCAGGGUGAUGCACUGGACCCUGAGCCUGAGAAGGAAAUGCUGCAGUUUAUUGCUGUUCUGUGUACCAAAAUCAGGCAGGAACCUGCUCUCCUACCAUAUGUCCUGGAGGGCAAGCAUGUGGGCCAGAACUUUGGCCUGCUGGAGUUGACAGCUAAGCCAAGCAUGACCUCUGGCCGGCCCCUGCCCUCCUCUGAAGAACAGGGCAGGGGGCUGUGUCCAGAGGAACCUCUGGGUGUGGCUUCGCUCGUGGAGCCCGCUGCUUCUGUGCCGAAUGUGGUGACUUCUCUAAUUGGCUUGUGCAAGAGCAAGAAUAAGAAGGUUAUGCUAAAAGCCCAGGAGAACCUAUUGCUUCUUACCAGUAUGGACCACCCAACAGCUGCCCGGGCCUUGGCCCAAGACAGCAUGCUGUGCCUUCUGGUAUCUGACCAUCUCUGCACCCUCUACAGUGCCAUCCCUGCUACCAUCAACCCUGCUGAUGUUGCUGCACUUCCACCAGUUCAGUGGAGGCUUCAGGGUGACACCUGUGCUGAAGAAAUCUCCUUUCCAGAAAAAUGCAGUCUUGAGGCUUUCUUUGGCUGGCUGGAUUUUUGUGACUGUCUCGCAAGAGAGGCUCAUCCCGUUAUUGGAGAGGCUGUGAGCGAAACCGUGGGCCAGAGGCUCUUCCUGGAAACCUUGCAGCCUCACCUCUUGCAAAUGUCAGAAUCUGGGAUUCUCUUUUCAACAGCCAUCCUGACAGGCCUGGUGAGGCAGAUUCGUGCUCCUGCCCUCCUCCGGCAGCUGAUUGGGUUUGUGCUGGGAGCAGAAAUGGACUCUGUCAGGCUCAGAGAUUCAGCCUGGCAGCCACAGGCACCCAGCCUCUGCUUACACCUGAUUGAGAACUGCAGCCACCCAUCUGAUGAGAUCAGCAUGGCCACCCUGCAGUUGUUUGAAGAGCUGCUUCAGCUUCCUGAUCAGCACAUUUUGCAGAGCCUGGUGCUGUGCCAUCUGGAGGACCGUAGCUACAUCCUGAGGAUUCCACCUGGGCAGGAAGAACCUACCAUCCAUGAGCAAGAGCCCUGUGAAAAUGGGCUAGACCUAGAAGAAGAUCCCUACUUUGCAGAUGGGCUUCCAGCAGCUGUUUUCCAGAGGCCCAGCAAGCCAGCCAUUUCAGCCACAAAGGAACAGGCCAGCUGGCCAGAAGGGCCUGGGGAUGCGAAGGAGGUGGUCAGCAGCUUCCUUUGCCUAGUGCCAAGUGAGGUGAAGACCUCAGCGUACCUGGAGGAGGCAGGAUAUGACACUUAUGUCCACGAUGCUGAAGUACUGUUUCAAGAAUGUUGUGCCAAUGUUGUGCACUGGAAGUGGCCCCGGGUUCAGCUGCCCCAGAAGAGCAGUCUUGCGGGACCCCAGUUUUAUGAGGGCCGUUUCCUGCAGGUACUCUUUGAUCGGCUGGCCCAGAUCUUACACCAGCCCUAUGCAGUGAACCUACAGGUGACGUCAGUGCUGUCUCGCUUGGCCCUCUUCCCUCACCCUCACCUCCAUGAGUAUCUUCUGGACCCCUACCUCCCAUUGGCCCCUGGCUGCAGGACCCUCUUCUCAGUGCUGAUCAGGGUGGUCAGCAGCCUGAUGCAGAGAGCCCAUCGGAUCACAGACUUCCCCACCAACUUGCUACUGGUCCGGAGAAAGCUAAUGGGGCUGGUGCCAGAUGAGCAGCCGAUUGGCCACCAGAUGCUCUUGGAGGGGGUGAUUGUGCUGGAGGAAUUCUGCAAAGAGCUGGCCGCCAUCGUCUUUGUCAAGUCUGUGCUCAGGGGCCCCACCGGGGGGAGUCAGCAGUGCGCCCCUUCACCCAGCUGAAUAGUCUGGGCCUCUGACACACUGGCUCCCACACCUCCCUGGGGCUUUCUGCAGCUGUGGACUUUCACCUAUAAACGAAAGAGCAGCACCAUAGGCGACUUCCCGUGUGUAGAGAAAAGCAGCGGUUGCCUCCUUGUUCUUGGUAUAAAAGUGGCUCCAAACGAGGAGUCACAGCAGGGACACUUGGGAUGAGAAGCAAUUGGUUGCUUCAUCAGCAGCCCCAGUGCAGUUCCCCUUCCCUGAGCAAGGCAAGAAAUGGUUUCCCUUAUGCCCCUUGAUCAUGCUGUGAUUUUGGGGAGUCUGCCUGCCAGUGCCUGGCCCAGUUUGCCAGCCCCGGAAACCCUUGUCAGCCUUCUGAAGGGGAGCCCAAAAUCCUGGGGGUCUUCUUGGCAUCCUCCUCAAGAACAAAGAAAUCCAGAUAAAGCGUCUGGACUUUUACCUUCUACAAUUAAUGGAAAGGUAGGGCUGUUGUCAGCUUGUUUUAGGCAUUGGGAUUAAAUCAUGGCAAUCCCUGUAAAAGAAGGGUUUUCCGUGGUGCUUGGAUUUUGGGAUCUGCUGCUAUGAACUGUGCUGUCUUUCAUGUUCUCCACUGCUCCUAUCGCAUCUCCAAGUGCAGCACAGAGUCCAGACCUACAGGGAAAGGCUCCCAAGACUCGCUGGCCAUAGCCUGUGGUUAUUUCUCUUGGACUGUCCAGCUAAAUGACCCCCUUUUCUAUGCCCACUUAACCUUUCUUGGCAUAUGUACCCAAGGUGAAGGUUCUGUGCCAGUAUUUUGUUUUUGCAGUAUUUUCCGUCACAGUCUUAAGAUUAAUCCUGCCCAUUUUACUUGGCCCCUAGUUGCCUUUUGAACAAGGAGUUUGCUGUGGCAAGGUAAUGGAAGCCCACACCAUCUUAUUCCUAGGACUGUCCCAAAGUUCUCAAAGUCAAUGAGUAUGUCUGAGAAAGGAAGUCUGGAUGUGUUCUUCUAUCUUUGUGUAUUGCCUAGGUUUUAGGCCUGAAAUAGUGAACAAAGGGAAACCUGCCUUCACUAGCCUUGCUGAGCAGAGCCAUUGGCAAUACUGCUUUGACCCCUGGAGGAAGGAAAGAUGGGGCGUGCAUCUAAUAAAUAAAUGUUCUGGGAA